AUGUCAAAAUUGCCGAGUGAGCAGGUCGCCUUGUUGGCUGACGGGGUGGGAGGCGUCGUGAUAUCUUCUUCCACCGCGGUCCCCAAUAUCAACGACAACGAGGUCCUCAUCCAGACCAAAGCAGUCGCUUUGAAUCCGGUGGAUGUGAAAUCAGUGGAGGCCUUCAACUACCCCGGUACCCUGGUUGGGUUUGACUUUGCAGGAAUCGUGGUUGACAUUGGUGCGCAAGCGAGGGAACGGUUUGUCUUAGGAGAUAGGGUCUGUGGCUCAGCUCACGGAAUGAAUCCACUGGAUCCCGCGACGGGGGCAUUUGCGGAGUACGUCAAGGCUACCACGCAUACCACCAUGAAAAUCCCCGACUCCAUGAGCUUUGAGGAGGCAUCGACUAUGGCGACUGGUGUUGGUGCAAUUGGGCUCGUUUUGAAGUCGUUAGGCAUCGCCCAGUUUUUUCUUGAGAACCCGCGGCCAAAGCCUUUCGUCGUCCUGGUGUCUGGUGGCAGCUCGGCCUCAGGUACCCUGGCAAUACAAAUGCUAAAAAGUUGCGGUCUCAAGGUCAUCACCACCUGUUCGCCAGCCAAUUUCGAUCUAGUUCGGUCUCGUGGAGCCGAAGAAGUGUUCAACUAUCAUUCUGACGAGUGCGCCCAGGACAUCAAGAAACACACCCGGAAUGGUUUGAGCUACGUAGUCGACUGUAUCUCGACACUCGACUCUAUGACACUCUGCUAUGAGGUAAUUGGGAGGCUCGGUGGCACGUACGUCGCUCUGGAACCACCCUCCGUAACGGUCAUGAAGAGCAGGCCCACCAUCAAAGCCGAUUGGAUCUUCCAGCCCUCCUUAUUUGGAAAGAAGGUGGGGUGGGAGGAGCCCUACGCACGUGCAGAGGACCCAGAACUGUGCCAGUUUGGUCAAGAGAUCUAUCAUCGUGCGCAGGACCUAAUUAAUGAUGGUAGACUUAAACCUCAUCCGGCAGCGGUGAAGGAUGGGGGUAUUCCAGCUGUAGUGGAGGGCUUUGAAAUCCUUAAGGCAGGGUCAAUUUCGGGCGAGAAGCUUGUAUAUCGCAUCUGA